AUGGCCUUUCCACGCCGUUUUGGCUGGCUCGCAAGACCGUGGUCAUUUGCUCCUCCUCAACAGCCCAGACUGCACCCGGGCAAGACCGGACAGCUGGUGACAUACGACAUCACUUCCGAGAUGCAGUGCCCGCUGUUCGACCAACUGCGGUGGUGCUUCAAGCUAGACUUUAUGUGCGGAUAUCAAUCUACAUGGGGUCUUCCUGAUCAACGCUGGACCGAGGGUGGAGAACAGUUCUAUCGAAGGAAUGAGGAGGCCGCACGUUAA